AUGUUCUACCCUGACCUUGACAAGGUCACAAGGGCUGCAGUUUGGGUUAGCUUUACUAAUCUCCCACGAGAAUUUUGGGAUGAAGAGACGCUGUUUAGGAUGGCUAGGGGUCUAGGCAAAGAUGUUGUUGUUGAUCCAAGAACCUUAAGGUAUGAAUAUGGUUAUUUUGCCGCGGUCUUAAUUGGUAUUGAUUUAUCACAGCCUUUGGGCAAUAUCAUUGUUGAUGGCGAGGAAAGUGCUGAAGGCUUUUACGCAGAUUAUGAAAUUAUUAACCAGCCUAGUUUUUGUGAACAUUGCAAAUCUGUUGGCCAUGUACAAGUUGAAUGUAGAAUAAAACAGCGUAAGGAUUUGGAAGAGAAUGCCAAAGUUGAGAAAGAUCCGGAGAUUAAGAAGAAAAUCCAAGAUGGGAUUAAAGAUCUUAAAAAUUUCUGGCAGCUACGAAAGUAUGAUAAAAAGAACAAUGUUCCAGUUGAUCCACUAAGCAUAAGGGAUGAUACAAUUUCUACAUCGAACAAUAAUUGCACUACUUCUGGUUUGCGCAAUGAGGGUGAUAACAUUGAGAAGAAUGAUGACGCUACUUUUGUCCGCAAUGAUAGCGCUGAAGCUGUGGCUUCCUCGGAAACUGACAUGGAUUUGGAGGAGGCUGAGGAGAUUGAGGCUAUCAAAGCAUACGAGGAUCUAAAGAAAAAGGCUAUAGAACUUGAUAAAGCUGCUGAUAUGGCUAAACUGGAGGAGGUUGCAGCUAAGGAAAAUAUGGAUAACCUGAGGAGAUUGGCUUUGGAAAAGCGUAAGCAAAUUGAAGUGCAGACCCCAUCUGUGAGAAUUGAAACUAUUGCUCAAGGUUCAUUGCCUACUAAUUAUAUUUUGGAGCAAUUACCUGAUUAUGGUUUUAGUCCCGCCACUAAAGCAGCAAGAAGAACUAUACCAGAAAAAACUGUUGAUGCCAUUGUGACAUCUAACAUGUUUGACACUGGGACUGAUGAUUUAGAUGAUGAAGGUAAGGGUAUUUUUUCAGAAGUUCCACCUGAUGUGACACAUUCAGUUACUACUUCAAAUCCAGUUGAGGAUGAAACAAAGAAUUUGGAAUCGAGCGCUAUGAAAGACCAAAAGGAGCGAUAG